UAUUUAUUAUUAUUACGAAACAAAGGCGGUGGGCUUUCGUGGGGUUCCCAGCUAUGGUGUCGGCUUCCCUUUUCUGACAAUUUCCCUCUACGUAAACCCUAGAAAAUCCCUUUUGCUUCCCCUUCAGUUCUCCCAAACGCCCAAACCCCUCCAUUCUUCUCACUCUCACCCUCGUCAACCAUUCACCAGUCCAUCGGCCCGCUAUUCUCCGGCGAUUCACCACUCAACCCCGCAGAUCUUCUCUCCUCCUCCUAAAUCUAUCCAUUUCAUCUUCUUCAUUCUUGGUUCGAGAGCUUGUUUGAUUUCGUAGUUUCUUCUCUCUUAUAUUCCCUUUUAAAGUUUAUUCUAUGGGAUCCUCCGUCAUAGCCGUCGAGCGCAUUCUUUCCUAUAAAUUUAAGAACAAGAAGCUCUUAGAAGAAGCCCUCACUCACUGCUCUUACCCUGACUCUGCCUCCUAUGAGCGUCUUGAGUUCAUAGGCGAUUCAGCUAUUGGCCUUGCUCUUACUAAUUACUUUUUUCUCGCUUAUCCCAACCUCCAUCAAGGCCAACUCUCUUUACUUAGAGCUGCUAACGUUAGCACUGAGAAGCUUGCUCGUGUUGCAGUCACCCAUGGAUUGUAUAACUAUGUUAGGCGCAAUGCCGCUACUAUGGAUGCUAAGGUUAAAGAGUUUGUUGAUUCUGUUGCCUUGGAAGGUAGCUCAGUUCCUUAUGGUGGGUUGAUGAAGGCUCCUAAAGUUCUUGCUGACAUUGUGGAAUCAGUGGCUGGUGCUGUCUAUGUAGAUGUUAAUUUUGAUCUUCAAAAAUUAUGGGUGAUUAUUAGGGGUUUGCUAGAGCCUAUCUAUACUCUUGAAGAGUUACAAGUAGAGCCCCAACCUGUAACUGUACUCUUUGACGUUUGCCAAAGAAAUGGGAAGCAGGUUGAUAUUAAGAAUUGGAAAAACGGAUCCAAGAACAUCGCGAGUGUCUAUGUUGAUGGUACUUUUGUUGCUUCCGGCUCUUCAAUGCAAAAAGAAAUCGCAAGGCUUAAUGCUGCUAGAGAAGCUCUCAUCAAAUUGUCUGGUUCUAUGGAUACCAAAAUUAAAACAGUUGUAACUAUUAAUGGUAUCGAUGAAUCGUUUGAGAUUGAAGGGGCAAAGCAGAAGCUACAUGAUUUUUGUUGCAGGAAAAAGUGGCAGAAACCAAAGUACAGUAUCGAGAAAAAACUAGGACCUUCACAUGGAAGGAGAUUUGUUUGCUCUGUUAAAAUUCCCACUUGUUAUGGUACGUUCUAUAUUGUGGGAGAUGAGAAGUCAAGAGUAAAGGAUGCAGAGAACUCUGCAGCCUCAUUGAUGAUUCGUGCUUUACAGGAAAGAAAGCAUCUCUAAUGCAUAUAUAUUACUCAAUUUGAGUUCAAUCUUAACAUACUUGUAUAGUGAGUUUUUGCUUCCUGAUGCCCUCAUUGUCCUUAGAUCAUGAUUCUACUUACCUUUCCUAGUCAAGUUAUUGUAUCUAAAUGAUCAUUUAUUGCUAUGUACAGUUCAAGCCAACCGGUUUAGGCUGUCAAGAUCUGUAAAUCUGAUCCAUCUGGUUUUAUAUUUAGUGCAUGCUUGUUGGGAACAUUUUUAGAAUUUAGGGAUAUUGUGGAUGGUUGUAAUUUUACUCUCAAAUUGAAAAGUUGUACUUAGUUUUAUAUCUUA